AUGACCAGCUUCAACGCCAGCUUGGAGCAACCAUCGUCAUCCAAUCCUAUGGGAAACCCUGUCCUUGCUACCGAAUACAACAAGACAUCCCUUUUGAGCUACAACCUCGCAGUUGGGGGAGCGACUCUUGACAAUAAUAUCGUGGCAAACCCAGGUUAUCCCUACGAUGUUGUCUCGCAAGUGGGUCUCUUUGAAUCGGUCUACAAGAGCAAGCCGUCCUAUGCUCCCUGGUCUUCUUCCAAUGCAGUAUUUGGAUCGUGGAUUGGAGUCAACGACGCUGGAAAUUCAUGGUGGUUUUCGGACCCCCAGAACUUUACAUCUGUGUGGGCAAACAAGUACGAGUCCUUAUUCGAGCAGAUAUACAGGGAUGGAGGGCGCAGGUUCUUGAUCUUAAACGUACCACCAAUUCAGCGCAGUCCUUUUUGGGAAAGUCAGGGAACGGAUGCUGUCAACCAGCUUGCGACUUAUCUGCCCAUACUCAAUAAGGCUAUUGCGAAUUUUGCGCGAGACUUCAAAAGACGCCAUCGAGAUGCUACGGUCUUCCUCUAUGACACCUUCAGUCUCAUGUCAUCCAUCAUUGAUGCCCCGGUGAAAUAUGGAUAUCCCAAUGCGACUGCUGGCUCCUGCUACGCCGAUGAUGGUACCAGCUGCGUGUGGUGGAAUUCUUUGCACCCUGGCAAGAAAUUCCAUCAGCUGAUGGCGAUUGAUAUUGCCCGCCAUGCCUCCUCUCUUGGAGCAUGGUGA